AUGAAGAGGCAGCAAUUAAACGUAUUGUAUUUGGUCAUCAUUGCUGUAUGCUACAUAUUAGCCACCGAAGCAGUCACCGGUACUUGUAAUCCUUGGUUUGGUCCGGCUGGAGCUGUACAUUGCAUUCAGGUUCCAGGUAUUUACUAUGGCUACCAAUGGGCAACCUGUCGUACAGAUACAUAUGUCAAAACCACAUCAAAAAACAGACACAAAUGUGCAGACAGCACAAGAAUUUACUGUUAUUAUCAAUGUAUGCUUGAUGUGUAUGGCAGAGAGAAUGGUGUUGUUUUUUCACAAUGCAAGUGUUCACCAAUUGGCCCUCCACCUACUGUAAAAGUUCCACUACCAGCAUGGUGUUAUAGUCCUGAUGGAAGAAAAUGUAAUUGGUACAGAGAGUGUCUUAACAAAGCCUAUCCCAAAUGUGAAAAUGACAAAGACGACUAUGCCAUCAAGUUUGCAGAGAAGUUUUGCCAACUUUACGAUAAAAGCUACAAAGGCUUUUCCCAAGAAGGUAAGAAAUGGGUCGAUGCCGUCCGGAAAUGCCUUCAAGUUAAACUGGUUCCACUGAUAGAUACAUUUCGUGUUAAGACCUGUAAAGAUCUAAAAUCUACAGCUUUCAAAACACACAGCCCUUGCUACCUAAACCCUGAUGAAACAUCACUAUCGUACUGUCGUUUAUCAAACGAAGAUAAAGACACAGUCUUUUGGACUAUUAAAUCGUCCAUCUGGGAAGGCAUUUUGGCCCACUUUGAAAGGACUGAUCGAUGUUAG